AUGUCGAAUGAAAAGAGAAUUAGACGCUUAGCAUCUGGAAUUCUGAACUGCGGAAAGAAUAAGCUCUGGCUGGAUAACAAUGAGAUUGAGAGGCUUAACAGCGCAACUUCCCGGGAGCAGGUUAGGCAACUCAUCAAGGACAAUGUGAUUAUUAUGAAGCAGGACAAGCAUACCAGUAGAGGACGAUUACGAAAGAGAUUGGAGGCAAAGAAGAAGGGAAGGCACAUGGGGCCUGGAAAGCGUUUUGGUACUGCAAAUGCAAGGAUGCCAAAGAAGGAGUUGUGGAUGAAGAAGAUUCGUGCAAUGAGAAAGAUGCUGAAGGAGAUGAGGGCCAGUGGGGAGAUCACCAAGGAAGACUUCCGCACGUUUUACAUGCAGGCGAAGGGACACUUAUUCAAGCACAGAUUCCACAUGAAGGACUGCAUUGUCAAGAGGAAGGCUGAGGAGCAAAGAGCUAGAGAGCUUGCGGAGCAGGCAGAGGCACUUAACUUGUCUAGCAGAGCAGUUUCGUCUUGA